AUGAUUUUUGGGGCAAUCUCUUCGCCUUACGUUGCGCAAGAAAUCAAGAAUCGCAACGCUGAGGAGUUCAAGGAUAUUUAUCCAGAGGCUAGUCAGGCGAUAAUAUCCAAACAUUAUAUGGACGAUUAUCUGGACAGCGUAGACGGAAUCGACGAGACUAUUCGCAGCGCACGCGAAGUGGCUCUAGUACACAGCAGAGGUGGAUUCGAAAUCCGAAAUUGGAUGUCAAACUCUCAAGCAGUUCUGAGUACUUUACCAUCAGAAGCAGUAGCGCAACGAGGAAAGGAACUGUCAUUCAACGAGGAGGAAUUCCAGCGAGUAUUCGGAGUAGUCUGGUCACCUGAAAAGACAUAUUUACCUUCAGCACUGCUUUUCCGCGAGUGGAUCAACGACUGGUUAAUGGAGAGAAACAUCCUUCAAAACGCGAGGUAUUGCAAUUGA